CUCGACUCCCAGCCCACCGCUAUCACCUACGUCCUCGACGAUCCCGCCUGCGGGCCCUUGAAACUCUCCUCCGAGGAUUGCAUCUCCAACAUGACCGCGACUUACGGCCUGUCCUGGUAUCAGUACGGAUUGGGUGGAGAAGCUAGCGAGCAUCACCGCAGGACUCGCCGCAACAUCAUCAUCGACUCCCGCGCCGACAGGGCCGACGAGCAUCACGUCGCUCUUGUAUCCCUACACCGACUACGAGGACUGCGCCGCCUCAGUCUAGGCUCCAGCGACUCGAGCAUCACGUACGCCUUCGCUUCGUCCUGCACCGUCUACACGGAAUCCGAGGACCUGGCGUCCGGCUCUCAGCUAUGCCUCAUGCAGCCCGGCGGCUUCACCGUGACCUGCAGCGCGAGCUUCUACGAGGAGAGCACGUCCGCGGCGGAGGACCAGUACUACUCAAGCCAGCGGUGUGGGUAUGAGGGCACGGCAAGAGCGAGCUGUACAAUGAAUGUGGCGUCCGGGGAUGACGGGUGGACGCAGCAGUACACCGCCACGCUUGACGCCGCGAAUGUCACUCUGCGCGCUAUUACGGUCACAGCGGGCUUGGAGAAGUUGGCAGCGGAGACAGGAUCGAGGUCUGGAAGUUUGACGACUGCACCGCCGACGGGAACGCCGUCGGGUACCAUCACUGGGACUGCAGCUUCGUCCACAAGCUCGGCUGGUGGCGACAAGGCGAUUGGGAUCUCCGUCGCUGGGGUUGCCGACAUCGCGCUGGCUGCUUUCGCGCUGUGA